CUCAUGUAAGAAGAAAAUGAAAGCGUUCUAUAGAUCUCGGUCUGGCCAUCCAUCAACACAUCCACUUUCUUUCUUUUUUUAAAUUCCUUUGGUGGAAUAAAGAAACAGAGGUAAUACACUGACCUCAUCAACAGACAAGGAGAAUGGGAUCCUGUGUGUCUAUGCCAGAGAGAAGGAUUGUGCUUUUAGGAAGGAAAGGUGAUGGAAAAAGCAGCGCCGGGAACACAAUUCUUGGAGAAAAAGUAUUCACCCCUAAAGUUGCGGGUGAUUCAGUAAAAGCUAUAUGUGAAAUAAGAAAGAAGAGCCGAUAUGGAAGCAAGAUCACAGUUAUCGAAACACCUGGAUUCUUUGACACAGAUCAUGAUGAUAAGGAGAUUAAAUCUGAGAUCAUCAAAGCUAUGGUUGAAUGUGCUCAAGGUGUUGAUGCCUUUGUGAUCGUUCUAAAGGUCGGAGAGUACACAAGCCAAGAAAUUAAGGUGCUACAGCAAUGUCUGAAAACACUGAAAGAGGAUGCGUUUGACCACACAGUGAUCUUAUUCACUUUUGGUGAGCAACUAGAAGACCAGACCAUUGAAGAGUUUCUGAAGGCCAAUUCACAGCUUCAGAAGCUGGUUGAUAAAUGUGGAGGUCGAUGUCAAGUCAUCGACAACAAAUACUGGAAAAAACGUAAACGGGGGAACAAGAGCAACAAAGUACAGGUGAAAAAUCUGCUGGAGAGUGUUGCCAAGAUUAGACACAAGAACGGCUGCUUCACCAAUGAGCUUUUUCAAAAGAUAGAGAAACAAAUUCAAGAAGAGAUUGGAAAAAUGGGAGGGGAAAAUUUGCCUCCAGAAGAGAAACAAGAAAAAGCCAAGAAAAAUGUUCAGGAAAAAAUACUGGAGAAGGCUGCAGGAAUGACAACAGAAUUGCUGUUUGGUGCUCUUCUGGGCGUAUGUGGUGCAGUGGCUAUCAUUCUGGCUUUCUUACAAACGACCUUCCCUUCAAGAGCAUUACAAAAUGUAGCCUCAACUGUUGUAAGAGUUGUUGGAGGAGCUGUUGGAGGAGUUGUAGUUGGAGCUUUUGGAGGAGCAAGAGAAGCAGAGACAGGAGUAACAGAUCCUGAGGAAGCAGCAAUGAAAACAGGAGAAAAAGCAGGAGGAACAUCAACAGAAACAGGAGAAAAAUCAGGAGAAGGAGGAGCGGGUGUUCUUGGAGUUGCAGCUUUUGCAGGAGCUGUUGGAGAAAGAGUCAGUGGAUGGAAUGCAGGCGAGUCAGUGAAUGCGGUGAUCGAGGCAGCACAGCUUAACUACGAGAAAGCAACAGCUGUGGCUGAGAACAUACAACAAUAUGUUGGAAAUCUUUUCAAUAAUAGAGCAAAAACAGAAGAUUAAAAAUAAUUGUAACUCUAUUCAGUGACCGGUUUAGAACAAUCAGCUAUAUUAAUGAUUGGGCACAUUAACAGUUGUGACUAUUCUGAGUCAUUUAUAUUUGUUUUUAAAAUCAUGAAAUGUUUGAUUCUUUAUUCUAAGCUGGCUAUUAUUUCUGUGACCACAGAAGAGAAAAAGUUUCAUGCACAAUUGCAUUUGACAUUAUACGAGCUGUAUUAUUAUAUUUCUAAAGAAUUCUAAAUACCUUUUUGUAAUGCAUACUUGAAUAUGUGAAUAGCAUUGAAUAGUUUCCAAGUGUACAUUUGGCAUGUAGAUAUGGGCUGGAUUAAAGUAGUGCACCUCUUAAACAAUGUGCACGAUAAAUGAUAAUAAAAUGCCUUUAAAAUAAUCCAAUAUGCACUCUGUACAACUAUAGUUUCAGUUAAAGCAUAGCUUGUUGCAGUUGAAGGAUUCACGCCUUUGUAACUGUUGUUAUUUGAAUUGCAUUGGCCACAUAUACACCACAAAGACCAGGAGUGAAGCAGGAGCCAAUCCAUCAAUUUAUCUGUUUGUGUACAGGAAACACUUGUAAUACCCAAAUUCUUUAACCCAUUGUAAAGCAAGUGGAUUGACAGUGUGUACAUGGUUAAAUCCUCUUCUCUGUGUAGGUAAGAUAAUACAUGAUUUAGUGAUGUUUCUGCAGUAGAGUUCAACAGUCUUGCUUUAUGGUCAUAAUGACUGUUAGAUAACCUCAUAAAUCAUAUAACCUCAUAACAUCAUAAAUGUUAAUAGGCUGUUUGCCUACAAUAUAAAGUUUGAAACAUUGUGUCCAAAUGCCAAAUGCCCCAGUAGGGUCACGUUUAAAGAGAAAGAGAAAGUGUGGCUGGCCACCAAUGAUCUCUACACUUUCUUUUUUGAUUCUUCUGGAGGAAAAAAAAAGUAGGUAUUUUGUUUUACACCAUUUACAGUAACUUGAGCACUGUGGUGCAAAUCGUUACCAGUGGCUGAUGUAGUGCUCAGAUUUCAGUAUAGAUAUUCUUUUAGGCUCUGUUGCAAUUGAAAACCCUGACAAGCUCAAGUGGCCACAGAGCUUGGCCUAUGUGACCCUGUCUUUGGAAACCCAGCUAAAGUCUUUUUUGUGUGUGUGUGUGUGUGUGAUUUACUGGUUUCUACUUAAAAUCAUCCUUCCUAAAAGUGACCAGAAAAAAAAGUAUCGUGACAUUCAGCCAAGUAUGGUGACCUAUACUCAAAAUUCGUGCUCUGCAUUUAACCCAUCCGAAGUGAACACACACAAACCGUGAACACACACCCGGAGCAGUUGGCAGUCAUUUAUGCUGCGGCGCCCAGGGAGCAGUUGGGGGUUCAGUGCCUUGCUCAAGGGCAACUAAGUCAUGGUAUUGCCGGCCCAAGACUCAAAUCCACAGCCCUAGGGUUAGGAGUCAAACUCUCUAAACACUAGGCCACAACUUCCCCAUAAAGAUGUAAAGAACAUUAUAUUAUAUUUAAUACUGACUGAGUAAGGCCAUGUCAAAGAUUGAAAUCAUAAUGAAAUUAUUUGUUGAAUUCAAGCUUUGAUGCUUGAUUUAGAUUAGAUUUUGGGACUUUAGUCGGGAUUUCACAGACAGGGUCACAAAUGGUUAUGUUGUAAUAUUCACAAGAGCGCGGUCCACAACUCCGGUGCUCGGGGGGGGACAUGGUCGGCUCACUUAGUUUUGUCGUGGCCACCACAUAAUAACUCGUGGGAAUGUGAUAAAAUGUUGUGGCCAUGAGAUAUUAAUUUGAGGGAACAUCACAUCACAGUGCGAGCAGUGGACACAUACAAUUUAGCUUCUCCUGGUCUGGCUCCCGAAAGGGAUGAGGGCAGAAGGCCUGCAGUACAAUAGGCUGUGGCUUAACAGAGGGAACUUUGGGAGCAUAACCCGCUCGAGGGUAUAAGAACGCUUUGGCCAUACCAGGGGCAAAGUCUAAGUAGUUAGGGGCCACCGAGAGGGCCUGAAGGUCUCCAACUCUCUUUAGAGACAUAAUCGCCAGUAACAGGGCAGUCUUAAGGGUCAGAUGUCUAUCUGAUAUAUCUUGAAUUGGCUCGAAUGGAGCUUUACAGAGAGCCUCUAACACCACAACCAAGUCCCAUGGGGGAAUAUGGGACCCUUACUGGAGGUCUCAGCCUCAGUGCACCAUGGAGGAAACGUGUAACUAGGGGGUGCCUACCCACUGACUGACCAUCGAAAGGGACGUGGUAAGCAGCUUUGGCCGCCACGUACACCUUUAAGGUGGAGGGAGUAAACCCCGCAGAGAGCCUAGCUUGUAGAAACUCAAGAACUGUACCAUCUGGGCAGUAAACUGGGUCAAGCUGGCAGUCUCUGCACCAUGAGGUGAAGAGCUUCCAGCUCAGGGCAUACAGUUGAGAGACCGGAAGCUAUGAAUUGUGCCCCCUCAGGGGCCACACCCACAACUUCCACAGCUCUGGGUGAGGGUGGAUUAUUUUGCCCUGCGCCUGAGAGAGUAGAUCUGUCCUGACCGGAAUCUCCCAUGGAGAGCCAUUGAGGAGAGAGACCAGAUAUGUAAACCAUACUUGACCCGGCCAAAACGGGGCUACUAGAAACAGACGGACCCCGUCCUGGCGUACUCUCGCCAGAACUCUCGAGAGCAGAGCAAUGGGGGGAAAGGCGUACAGACAAAGCCUCGGCCAGGUCUGUGACAUGGCAUCUAGUCCCAGUGGAGCUGGGUGAACUAGAGAGAACCAGAGGUGACAUUGCGAUGUCUCUUGAGUCGCGAAGAGGUCCACAUGAGCUUUGCCAAAUAUCUGCCAUAUUUGCUUCACCACUUCGGGGUGAAGCAUCCAUUCCCCAGGUCUCGACAGCAUGUCUGUCCCACAUUCAAUCUCCAAGGAAAAUAUACUGAUCUUAACGAGAGGAGUUUGCCCUGGGACCACAGGAGGAUCUGGUAUACCAGCUUGUAUAAGGGCCGUGAACGCAGACCUCCCUGGUGAUUGAUAUAAGAGACCACCGAUGUGAUGUCAGUGCGCACCAACACAUGACGGCAUCUCAGGUCUGGGAGGAAAUAUUUCAAUGCUCGAUACACUGCUAGCAUUUCUAGACAAUUGAUGUGCCAUGUCAGAUGGCGACCGCUCCACAGACCGCGGGCAGAGUGGCCACUCAUGACCGCACCCCAACCGGUGAGGCACCCAACGCGUCUGUUGCUAGCAUUACACGGCGACCAAGAGCUCCUAAUAGGGGGCCCUGAUUCAGGAACCAAGGUUU